CCCCCGCCCACCACGGAAUUCCCCACUCCGUUAUAAGAGACUACCUCAACUUCCCCCCCCCCCCCCUCGUCCCCACGUAACAAGUUACCAACGACACACCCGCAACAAUGGGCUCAGUAUUCUCCAUCCCCACCUACUUUGUCCUCUUCAGGGAGACAACGGAGGCAGCUAUCGUGAUUGGGGUCCUGCUCUCUUGGUGUCACCAGAUGUUUGCCGAUGAUCUGGUCACUUAUAGGAGGUUGAGGAAGCAGGUCUGGCUUGGAACAGGACUCGGUCUCCUCCUCACACUCAUCAUCGCAGCCAUCGUCAUCUCCGUCUACUGGGUCCUCAAGAACAACAUCUGGGAGAAACACGAAUUCGUUUGGGAAGCAACCCUCGCCGUCAUCGCCUCCUUCCUCAUCACCGUCGUCGGGGUGGUCAUGCUCAAAUCCUCCAAAUCCGACGCCAAAGAGAAAUGGCGCCGGAAGCUCGUCGGGCACACGAACGUCGCCCCGAAAUCCACCCUCCCCGGCUCCCACCUCCCCGCCUACUCCGACGUCGAGGGUACCCACCACGACGAACUCCGCGUCGACUCUUCGUCCACCACCACCACCCUGCCCACCGAACUCACCGCCCGCCCGGUCACCCCCACAUCGAACGAAAAACGCGCGCUCAAACUCACCUUCCUCUCCCAAAUCACCCGCGAAAAGUACGCCCUCUUCUUCAUCCCCUUCAUCACCAUCCUCCGCGAAGGCAUCGAGGCCGUCAUCUUCAUGGGCGGGAUCGGGUUCAACGAGGAAUGGCGCGCCCUCCCCCUGGCUGCCAUCACAGGUAUCCUCACCGGCGGCCUGGUCGGCUACUCCAUCUACGUCGGCGGGAACCGCAUGAGCCUCCACUACUUCUUCCUCGCCUCCACCAUGCUCCUGCUGAUCAUCGCCGCCGGUCUCUUCGCCAACGGCGUGCUGCUGUUUGAAAUCAACGCCUUCCAAAAAUCCCUCUGGUUCCCCUCCGGAAGCGGCGACGAGGGCGACGCGAUCCUGGUGAACAUCAACCACGCGGUGUGGUACCUCGACUGCUGUAAGCCCAAGGAGAAAGGGUGGACGAUCUUCAAGGCCAUCGUGGGGUGGAAUAAUGUCGGCACCGAGGGGAGCGUGUCGGCGUACUGCCUGUACUGGGUCGCCGUGGCGGCGUGGCUCGUCUACAUCAAACUGCGCGCAAAGUCGGAAAAGAUGCAUGAGAAUGCGACGACGCGGAGGGAUGUCGGUGUCGCGCAUUCGGGGCAGGCUGUCGAUAAGACCCACUGAUCACUUAUUCGGACGGUAGACUACUACUCCUACUACAUCGCACAUACCCCCCCUCUCCGCACACACCAUCUGGCACGGCC